GACACACCGGGACACACCGGGACACUUCUUCUUCUUCUUCUUUAUUUUCUUUCUUUUUUUUUUUUCCUGGUCACUUGUGAGAAGUGUGCGGAUCCUCUGGGCAUGGAGACACAACUGCUCUGACUGAUGAUCGGAUUUCUUGCUGCACAUUCGUCUUUCUGAAUAAUGGAGAGUUGACGGCUCGAGAGGAACCUGACUAACAGCAGUGAGACGGGAUAAAGAGGAUAAAGCUCUCUCUACAGAGCCAGGGCUUCUCAUCAUCGAUUACAAACUCAUCGUACCUACUGCGGAUCAGCUGACGGGUAGAGGCGUCAUGGCUGCGUAUGGACAGACUCAGUACAGCCCGGCCCUCCAGCCUGCAGGGCCGUACGCACCAUACACCCACCACACACAGGGCUACAGCGUGCCCUCUUACAACAUUAAAACAGAAGACGGCCUGAGUCAUUCUCCAGGACAGACGGGAAUACUGGGAUACUCCAACUUCAGCAGCACUCCUCCCAGUCAGAGUCUCUACAGCUACUCUCACACACACGGUGGUGGUAUUUCAUCUGGAAUUUUUCAAGGCACCCAUGCAAUCUCAAGUUCAACCCCGUUCAACUCUACCCAACAAGAGUUUUCAGCGUACUCUAGCUACAGUCAGAGUCAGUACUCUCCGUAUUAUAACUCACAUCACUACAACAGCCCCUACCUAACCGGCAGCAACAUCAGCCCUGCCGCCAUCACAGCUCCAAUAGCCUAUCAGCAUCCAGAACACCCCGUCAUGCUGCCCAAUCACAGCCCAGAGUCACACACAGGAGAGUACCACCCGCCGCCCAGCCCCCCCACACCAGGUAAAGAGGAGGUCCCAGCACGAAGGGGGUCAGAUGGGAAGUUGAGAGGGAGGAAAAGAGCCAGUGACCCCGCUCCACCUCUGGACUCUGAUAUAGAGCGUGUGUUUAUCUGGGACCUGGAUGAAACCAUCAUCAUUUUCCAUUCGCUCCUCACGGGAACCUUCUCCUCACGAUUUGGCAAGGACUCCUCAAAGGCAGUGUCUCUUGGUUUGUGGAUGGAGGAGAUGAUCUUCAACCUGGCCGACUCGAGACUCUUCUUCAACGACUUGGAGGAAUGUGACCAGGUUCAUAUUGAUGACGUGGCGUCAGACGACAACGGACAGGACCUGAGCACUUACAACUUUGGAUCGGACGGCUUCCAGAGCCCAGCGGGGGCCGGCUCUCUGUGCCUGGGGUCGGGGGUUCACGGAGGGGUGGACUGGAUGAGGAAGCUGGCUUUCCGAUACCGCAGAGUCAAGGAAAUCUACAACACAUACAAGAAUAAUGUUGGGGGUUUGCUGGGCAGCCCCAAGCGAGAAGAGUGGUUACAGCUGAGGAGAGAGAUGGAGGUCCUGACCGACCUGUGGCUGACUCAGGCACUCAAAGCCCUGGCUCUCAUCAACUCCAGGCUUAACUGUGUGAACGUGUUGGUGACCACCACCCAGCUCAUCCCAGCCCUCUCCAAGGUGUUACUGUACGGUCUGGGCGCUGCUUUCCCCAUAGAGAACAUAUACAGUGCCACCAAGACAGGCAAAGAGAGCUGUUUUGAGCGUGUCUCUCAGAGGUUUGGUCGGAGAGCGGUGUACGUGGUGAUAGGAGACGGAGCCGAAGAAGAGUCCGUGGCCAAGAAGAAGAACAUGCCGUUCUGGAGGGUGUCCUGUCGGGCCGACCUCGAGGCUCUGAGCCAUGCACUGGAGCUGGACUACCUCUAGAGGGCACCAGCGGUCACGCUCUCUGCUCUUCCACCUAAAUCAUGAGAAGCUCCUGAACUCCUGAGUGCAGCUAUCAGGUGAAGCCGCCCCCUAGAGACUGAUUCAGAGUCAGUAUUGCUAUUUCAAAGUCUGGUGCAAGGUGUUUGAUCCCUGAUGAGCAGCAUCCAGGCAGACAAUUUCACUUUAAAGCCAAAGGAACUGUGAGGAUUUCGAAGCGAGGCUGCAGUGUAUCGAUGACACAUGGACCAAAAUAAAAGACCAAAGACAAACAAGGGACCAACGCUUCAUAACUAACCCCAGGGAACUAUGGUUAAAACUGCAAAUGCUUUAAAAAAAACAAAACUUUUUUCCUUUUUUUAAACUUCAGUUCAUCUCAACUUUAUCAAAGGUGUCCCACUUUUGUACAAACAAAAAAAAAGUGAUGCACUGAAAAAUUGUACAUCCUGUUUAUUGAACACAGUGUCUGCAUGGAUAAAAAAGCUCCGAUUGUUGUUAGUUUGUUCUGCUGUGUCUUUUUUGUAUUUGUCGUGAGACUAAACCCGGUUUCCACUGACCAACACUAUUUUAAAAACAAAAUUAGACCUAAAAUUAUGAUAUUACGUGGGAUAGAUUUUGCCUUCACUAUUAUUUUAGAAUUGUUUUAUUCAUGAUAAAUGUCAGAUAAUAUUCUCCUCAUAGGUAGAGGCUAUUGAAAAUAGUCUGAUUGUAUUUUACCAUUAAAAUGUGAGCUAUUUAUUAUUGGUUAAAUUCACAACACAAUCAGGUAUAAACAGUUUGGGAGCUCGGCAUAAAACUAUCCCUUUCAAAGACCAAAAAUGUGCUCUUGUAAAACUGUUUUGAUAAGACGUUGUCUUGAAGAUGCUGUAUUAUAGGCUGGUGCUUGAAUCCUUCCUUUUGAUUCUGGGUUGUAUAUGUUGUCAUGUUUUAACUCUCCUUCUUUUCAUUUCCUAAUAACCCGUUUGUAAUAUAGAUGAACUGGUUGUGCAUGUGCCGAUUACACUGCCUGUCAGCUUAGCUAUGAUUUGUAUAUAAUGCUUUAUUAUUGUCGAUUUGUUUUGACAGACAGUUCAAAUAGAUUAAUACAAAAUAAAUUAAUUGCAUCGUUGGGAAAGGUGA